AUGGGGAAGGACCACAUCAAGGAGCUUUCUGCAAAGCACCUCAUUUGUGACUACGAAAGAAUAAGGAAGGAGUAUCUUGGAUUCAAGGCCAGGAACAUAGACACGCUGGAGUAUGUUAAUGAUUCGAUGCUGGCAGCGUAUGAGUAUGCAUUCUUCUCCAACCUUACAAAGACCAAGCUCUCCAGAAAGGAUCUUCCCAAGGAGAUAAGCCCAAAAAUCUUCAAGGCGGCUCUUGAGGAAGUAAAGAAGAGGUAUGUCCCUGGAAAAGGUGCAGAGGACAAGGGCCUUGUGUGCAAUCUGUACUCGAUUGUGAAUCCACCUUCCUUCUAG